UAAUAAUUGAUAUUCUUCAGAAACCUCAGAGCUUCAGCAAUUCUUAACUCUUCUUUGGAAUUAUGACUACUUUGGAAGAAGAGGAAGAACUUAUCAAUGUACAAUCUCUUCAAGAUUCUCAUCCCAUUAUAAAUGUGGUGAAUCAAAGUAAAAUCGAUGGAGUAUUAAAACAAAAGCCUCUAACUGAUCAAGAGCGCGCAGAGAAACAAAAGCAGCAAGAAGAAGACGUAAAGAAGAAAAAAGAAUCACGCCGACGUGUAUAUGAGACAUGCGGCAGCUGUCCCGAACGGUUUUUUGGCAGCAAGAAAACUAUUGUUACGGAAGAUUCCGAUUCUACCGAAGUAGAAUCGUCCACCGAGGAGGAGGAAAGAUGGAAGGACAUUGCACGCACUGUUGAAAUACCCGCCGAAUAUUAUAAUAUACAGAAGUUGAUAAAAUAUAUUAAAGCGGGCAAUCAAACGGCGACCAUUGUGUCGCUUUGCUGUCUACGUGACUAUGAUUUGCGUACACAAAUCAAUCAAAUGGCCGUACAGGAUAUCGGUGGUUUGGAAGUGUUGGUCAAUAUACUCGAAUGCAACGAUACCAAUUGUCGUUUGGGUUCACUGUAUGUGCUCUCUGAGAUCUCACUGAACAUUGAUAUACGUAAGACGAUCGUCGAUUUGGGUGGCAUACCCUUAAUUGUGGAUAUUUUGAACUCGCUCUCGAAGGAACUUAAGACCAUGGCUGGUGAAACAUUGGCUAAUGUGUGUAAAGUGCGUUUAGCCCGAAAAUAUGUGCGCACAUGUGGUGGCAUACCGAUGUUGGUGGAUAUGCUCGAUGUCAGUUUGCGUAUACUACAAACUCCGCUGGAGGAACUUAACUCAUCCGAUUUGGAGUGCUUGUACAUGGCACGUGCCGGUGCUCGUGCUCUCUGGUCGCUUUCACUCUCCCGUCAUAAUAAGGAAUUGAUGCGUAAGAGCGGUAUCGUACCCUUGAUGGCGCGUUUGCUCAAGUCUUGCCACACAGAUGUUGUAAUACCGAUAAUGGGCACCAUACAGGAAUGUGCUUCGCAGCCCAAAUUUCAACUGGCCAUCACUACCGAGGGCAUGAUCGCUGAUAUAGUGACCCAUCUACAUUCCGAUAGUUUGGACUUAAAGACCGAAGGUAGCACUGCCAUAUACAAAUGUGCCUUCGAUCAGACUACACGUGAUCUGGUACGUUCAGCGGGUGGUUUAGAGCCUUUGGUCGCCAUAAUCAAGGAUAAAAAUGUGCGUGACAAUAAGAAACUGAUGAUCGGUGCUGCCGGUGCGAUUUGGAUGAGCGCCGUGUCGGAGGCGAAUGUCAAGAAACUGGACUCAUUGCGGCUCAUUAAUCAUCUCAUACCGUUAUUGAAUGAUGAUUCCGAUGAUGUGAUCACCAAUGUGGUUGGUGCCAUUUCCGAAUGUGUACGUUUUCAAAAUAAUCGCGAAGUUUUGCGUGGCGCUGGCGGUUUACCGGCCUUGGUGGCAUUGUUGAACUCAUCACAUCCACCGCUGUUGGUAAACUUGGCCAAAGCAUUAAAAGAGUGUGCCGAAGACAUAGAUAGUAUGCGAAUUUUGGAGGAUUUAGAUGCAGUGCGUUUGACUUGGUCGCUGCUGAAGAAUACCGAUCCUAAAGUUCAAGCUUAUGCCGCCUAUGCCAUCUGUCCGUGUGUGCGAAAUGCACGCGAAUCGGGUGAGUUGGUGCGUAGUUUGGUAGGCGCCAUGGAAUUGGUUGUGGAUUUGCUCAAGUCCACCGACUCGCAGGUAUUGUCGGCUGUCUGCGCUGCUAUAGCAACAAUUGCCAAGGAUACUACGAAUCUAGCUAUUUUGUCUGAUCUUAAAGUGAUCUAUAAGUUGGCCGAUUUAGUGAACACCACCGAGGAUUUGUUGCGUGAAAAUCUGGCCGCCGCAAUUGCUAGUUGCGCUACAUUUGGUAAUAAUACACAGGAGUUGGGUCGUCUACGCACUGUCACGCCCAUUGUCAGCUACCUGACCAGCAAUGACCCAGCCGUACAUCGCACCACAGCCAUGGCACUGGAAAAAUUAUCCAUGGAUCCACAAAACUGCAUCAUUAUGCACCAGAGCGGCGUAGUGCCAUUUUUGCUGGAGUGUGUUGGUUCCACGAACAAAGAAACACAAUUGGCUGCGGCCGGUUGCCUACGCAACAUACGUGAGUUGGCUCUACGUGCCGAGGAGUAUCUGUUGAAAAUCGAUGAAGAAUAUUAAAUGGCUUGAGAGCUUAAGUGAGAUCGUUGUGGAUAUAACGAAUCCUGUUAUAUAUCUUUUAGUUAUUUAUUACUGAGCCUAACGGUUGCUGCAUAAAAAUAUAUCUUGUAGAAAAAAAUGCUUCUCA